AUGUGCGAGAGAGACGACGGGACAAACGUCCUUCUCGACGCCAACGAAAACGCAUACGGCCCCAGCCUCACUCUGGAUGCCGUUAAGAAGGCUGCAGGCGCCGAAGACGGCUCGAGCCCUGGUGAUAUAGAUUUCCUGGGCUUGCACAGAUACCCUGACCCACACCAGGUAGAACUGAAACAGCUUUUCUGUAACCUGCGGAACACCGGGGUUCAUACGCAGAAGAAAUUGAAGCCUGAGAACCUCUUCGUCGGCGUGGGCUCCGAUGAGUCGAUCGACGCUCUCCUUCGAUGCUUCUGCACCCCUGGCAAGGACAAGAUCCUAACAUGCCCGCCUACAUAUGGGAUGUACGCCGUUAGCGCUCAGGUUAACGAUGUCGAAGUUGUCAAAGUGCCAUUAGACGCUGAACACGGUUUCCAGCUCCGUCCAGACGCCAUCAAUGAAGCCCUAUCCGCUGAUCUGUUGAUUAAGAUUGUUUAUAUCUGUUCGCCAGGGAACCCAACAGGUAACCUGAUCAAGAAAGAUGAUAUACAGAAGGUUCUCAAGCACAAGACUUGGAAUGGAGUGGUGAUCGUUGACGAGGCGUACAUUGAUUUUGCGCCUGAAGGGUCCAGUCUUGCGGAAUGGGUAACUGAAUGGCCGAACCUGGCUGUUAUGCAGACUCUGAGUAAAGCAUUUGGCCUCGCGGGAAUACGUUUGGGAACUACGUUUACAAGCCCGGAAAUCGCCCUCUUACUGAAUAGCAUGAAGGCUCCGUAUAGCAUAUCUACACCUACCAAGUCUCUUGCUUCUGCGGGACUUUCGCCAGAAAACCUUGCGCUGAUGCGCAAAAACAAGGAGAAGCUGAUUGCCCAGAGGGCGAGGAUACUCGAAGAGCUACCUAAAAUACCCGGCAUUGGUCGAUUUCUCGGUGGUACCGACUCAAACUUCCUUCUCGUGGAGAUGCUGGACGGCCCGCUGAGUGAAGGUGGGAAGCCGUGUAAUAAGACCGCGCUAUCUGUAUAUCAGACCCUGGCUGAGAAGAGGGGAGUGGUUGUGCGGUUUAGGGGUAAAGAAUAUGGCUGCGAAGGUUGUCUGAGGAUUACUGUUGGAACAGAGGCUGAAGUAUCAAGGUUCUUAGCAGAUGUGAGAACUGUUUUGGCAGACAUAUAUGCUGCAUCUAAGUGA